AUGUCAGACAAGAACAACGUCGAGGCCGUCGAUAGCGUGCCCAGACGCUCUCUUGGUUCGCGCAUAGGUGCCUUUUGUCGCCGUUUCUGGUGGUUGCUUCUCAUCAUCGUCGUCGUCGUCGCACUCGUCAUCAUUCUCCCUGUUAUAUUCGUCGCAUACCCCAAGCUGGCGCAGAAUGAUGUCUCCGACUCGACACUCUCCAUCGCAGACAUGCAAACCACCAGCCCCGCUCCAGACUCGCUGCACGUCAAGGUCACCCAGGUCAUCGGCUCCAAGUCAAAGUACCACCCGACCCUCGACCCCUUCGAGGCCAAGGUCUACCUCGCCGGAGAGCAGCAGCAUUUCAUGAUCCUGCACACGCCCCAGGUCAAGGCCGAUGAUGGCGUCAAGGUCCUCAUCGACGAGGACGUUCACAUCGACAACCAGGAUGCCUUCUCUGGCUUCUCCAAGGCCGUCAUGCUCUCAGAGGAGCUCGAGCUGCUGGUCGUCGGCAAGACCAAGCUCAAGCUCGGUGGCCUGCAGAAGACUGACGUCGACUACAACAAGACCGUCACUCUCAAAGGCAUGAACCACCUCAACGGCUUCAACAUCACCAACAUCAAGAUCCAAAACAUGCCAGGCACCAUGUACAACAUGAAGGGCGACGUCUUCAUCCCCAACCCUUCCGUCCUCACUCUCGCCAUGGGCAACCUAACACUUGACCUCUCCAUCGACGGCCACCCCAUCGGCACCUCCAUCCUGAACGAUGUCAUCAUCAAACCAGGCAACAACACGAUCCCCAUGCUCGCCAAUGCCGACCUAGCUUACGUCCUCAAACAGACCGGCAUGGGAAGCAAGUACUCCAACGGUAUCGUCCCCGUCACCAUCAUCGGAAACUCUAGCGUCGCAAACGGCAAGGAGCUGCCAUACUACACCAAGGCUCUCGCCGCCAACACCCUGAAGGUCAACCUGAACAUUCCCGCCAUCCUUGCUGGAGGGAAGUAA